CAGAGAGAACACAUUUUUCGACACCUGAAGAAAAUUAAUCUUCUUCGUCAGGAUGGUGAAGCAGAGAGACAAACAGGAACUCUGUGAGCACACACAGGUGUGGAGUGUCCUGUUUAGGUCCUCUGUCCUUCCACACUCAGGCUGUAGGGGACAUGAUCCGCCUCAGCAUGGGGGGUCGAUUCGCAGAGAGAAGUAACGAGAACUUCAAGGACGGUCUGGUGUUCAGCAGUCGCCCACUGAAGGUUCAGGAGAAGGUUCGUCUCAGAGUACAAAACGUUUUAGAAAACUGGAGUGGAUCCCUGCGUGUGGGCUUCACCAACGUGCCUCCAACAUCCAGAACUCUGCCUCUGCCCAACAUGGCCAUUCCUAAACUCACCAACACCCCUGGGCACUGGGCCGCUCCCCUAAGUGCAGUCCACUGUGGGCCUGGUUCAGAACUGGAGUUCUGGGUCUCUGCUGGUGGUUCCUUGUACUUCACAAGCAACAAGAGCAGCCAGCAGGAGCUUCUGACAGGAGUGGACCUGAGCAAACCCCUGAUCAGAGAAAAAGGAGAUGUUCACACCAGAAAGUCCUGUCCUGUGCCAGAAUACCUCGCCCCGCCUGAUGUUGACAAAGACAAGCACGUCCCAUUACAUGUCCAAGAACCUCCAUCAGACGCUGAAAUGGACUGUGUGGUGUGCAUGGCUGAAGAGGCCACAGUCACUCUGAACUGUGGUCACCAGUGUCUGUGUGUCCGCUGCGCCUCCAGAGUCAUUCAGGAGUUUGGUACCUGCCCACUGUGUCGGCAGACGAUCCAAAGUCCAUCAGUGGGGGGGGUGGUGUGUUCUCAACGUGUUCCACACAACAAGACACUGUCACACAGUGCAGGUGACCUCUUGAAGGACUGGAACAAAGACAGACUGAAGAAAACGUGUUGAAAAGUGACAAACUACUUUGAACAAGUCCUGGUACGUUCCAGUGAUUCAGGACACGCUGCAGUGUGGCUGCUUCCUGAUUUGAUCCAACCAGGAACAACUGUCAGCUGUGUGUGUGUGUGUGUGUGUGUGUAUGUAUUUUGAGUUCAGAUAAAUACAGAAUAAUGCAUCAUUUAAAUCCCAUGGGUUUGUUUUAUGACUUCUGACUUUAAAAACAAAUAUAUUUUAUUUGUAAUUUUAUUGCAAAAAUGUCAAUCAAAGACAUUUUUAUUGAUUUUAUCUCAUGGCCCACCAGCAGUACCUUCAUGUCCCCACAGGGGGCCAUGGCCCACACUUUGGGAAUAACUGCUACAUAAGUUUGGUAUGAGAAAAACCUCAGACGUUAUGGCUGAUAUUUAAUAUUAAAGUCUUUUGUGAAGAUAAUGUUUUACUUACCUUGCAAAUAUGUAAAAAAAACUGUACAGCAAGUUUUAACUUAAUACUUGUUUUCUCUAUAUGUUUUUAUACUUGCUAUACUUUUAUAUUAAAUGGGUUGGUAUGAAAAUAAACUUUUCAUCAAACAACA